UGAUGCAGGUUGUCAAUGCGGACGCUGUCGUGGUCAAGCUUAACUCUGGCGAGUACAAGACCAUCCACUUGUCCAGCAUCCGACCCCCCAGGAUCGAGGGCGAGGAGAAGAACAAAGACAAAGACAAGCGUUUCCGUCCCAUCUACGACAUCCCCUACAUGUUCGAGGCCCGCGAGUUCAUGAGGAAGAAGAUCAUUGGCAAGAAGGUGAAUGUCAUGGUGGACUACAUCAGAGCUGCCACCAGCUCCUCAGAGACCAGCACCAUCCCCGCCUUUGCAGAACGCACCUGUGCCACGGUCACCAUCGGCGGCAUUAACAUAGCCGAGGCGUUGGUCAGUAAAGGUUUUGCCACGGUCAUCCGCUACAGACAGGAUGAUGACCAGCGCUCAUCCCACUAUGACGAGCUACUGGCUGCAGAGGCACGGGCAAUGAAGAACGGGAAAGGGCUGCAUAGCAAGAAGGAGGUCCCCAUCCACAGAGUGGCUGAUAUCUCUGGGGAAACACAGAAGGCCAAGCAGUUCCUGCCUUUCCUCCAGAGAGCGGGCCGCUCAGAGGCGGUGGUAGAAUACGUGUUCAGUGGCUCCCGCCUCAAACUCUACAUGCCCAAAGAGACCUGCCUCAUCACCUUCCUCCUCGCCGGUAUCGAGUGUCCGCGCGGCUCCAGGAACAUGCCCGGCGGCAUGCAGGUGGCUGAGCCCUUCAGCGACGAGGCCAUGGCCUUCACCAAGGAGCUGGUACUACAGAGAGAGGUGGAGGUGGAAGUAGAGAGUAUGGACAAGGCUGGUAACUUCAUCGGCUGGCUUCACAUCGAGGGGGUCAACCUGUCGGUGGCGCUGGUGGAGAACGCCCUAUCGAAGGUCCACUUCACGGCCGAGCGUAGCUCCUACUACAAGACCCUGGUAUCCGGAGAGGAGGCCUCUCGUCUCAGGAAAGACAAGAUCUGGGCCAACUAUGAGGAGAAGAAGGUGGAGGAGGUGGUGCACGUGAUGGAGGAGAAAGAGCGCACAGCCAACUACAGAGCUGUAUAUGUCACUGAGAUCACGGACACCAUGCACUUCUACACCCAGGACGUGGAGACAGGCACCCAGCUGGAGAACCUGAUGGAGACCAUGAGGGCAGAGAUCGCCGCCCAGCCCCCAGUGGAGGGCUCGUACGCUGCCCGCCGAGGGGACUACUGCAUCGCCAAUUUCUCCGCCGACGGAGAGUGGUACAGAGCCCGGGUGGAGAAAGUUCAAUCGCCAGCAAAGGUCCAUGUGUUCUACAUCGACUAUGGCAAUAGGGAGAUAGUGCCGUCCACGCGCCUGGCUGUCAUUCCCCCGGCCUUCAGCACUCGGACCCUGGCUGCACAAGCCACUGAGUACACCUUCGCUUACAUCCAGGUCCCACAAGACGAGGAUGCGCGUGCUGACGUGGUGGACAGCCUGGUGCGGGACAUCCAGAACACCCAGUGUCUCCUCAACGUGGAGCACAGCGGCGUCACCUGCCCCCAUGUCACACUGCAGUUCGCCGACUCCAAGGACGACGUGGGCCUCAGCCUGGUCAAGGAGGGCAUGGUCAUGGUGGACGUGCGGAAAGAGAAGCACCUGCAGAAAAUGGUGACGGAGUAUCUCAACGGUCAGGAGUCUGCCAAGACUGCCAGGCUCAACAUCUGGCGCUACGGAGACUUCCGCGACGACGACGCAGACGAGUUUGGCUACAAACUAAAAAAAUGAAAACUGCAUGGCGCCAUUCCAAAGACCAACGCGGAAGACGAGAUGCACUCAUUGGACGAGAAAAAGUGACAGAAAACGAUUCAAGGAAAAUAAAACAAAGUAAAGGACAAGCAUUGUCUCUCUCUCUUCCUUUUAUUCCAUGUUCAUCCUCCUGGUCCUCUCUCCUGCUUCUCUGCGCAUCCCUUCCUCCUCCUCCUCCCUCCGGACUCUGAAAGAGCACGCUAUAGCUAUGAACUCAUAAAAACAGUGACUGUCCAAUCCUUCCUCUUCUCCACCCUUCCUGAGCCACUACCUAGUUGUUCUUAUCAUGUCCCUCCCGCGCUGCAGAGCUCCGUUAAUUACCAUGUCAUCCUUUCCUGGUUAGUCAUACGCCCACACUAAUCAUGCGCAUCGCUACCUUACCCUAUCCCUACCACAGCCAAUCCCUCCUAUCCAUUGUACAGGAAAGGGUCUAGGCCUUGAGAAGAGGAUCCAUUCACUUUUAUUAUUAACAGCUUUUUGCAGAGAGAAACACUUCCUUAAUGAAUGACAAGAAAUGAAUAAUGCUGUGUUUUAUGAAGGUAAUUUUAAAAAGCUGGAGAUCCACACCAACCGGACGAGCUUAUUUCUGUCCUUGAUGUAUACCUAUGUGAUAUGACAUUUAAUGACUUUAUGUUGGGAGUGUUUUAUUCUCUCUCUCUCUCGUGGCCAGAACACCUUGACAAACAGCAUUUUCUCAUCUUCCUCCUCCCUCUUUCUGUAAUGUUUACAUAUGAUGGUGACAUGAUGAUCUCUCUCUGUCUCUGUAUGCCGUAGCAGAAACAGUGUUUGAAUUUGUUUCCUUAUGACAGCCCUUGUUGUUGUAUUAAAAAAUUCUGCUGAAUAAAAAUGAGCAAAUGAUUAAAAAGAA